CAGCGCUUCUCCAGUGGUAGUUGUUUGCUCACCAUCUUUGCAUAUGAUGCCAGCAUGUUUACCAUCAUUUUUCUGGUGGUCCAGGCGGUAAUCCGUGUGAACCGUGUGGAUGCCGAAGUGUCAGCGGCAGACUUUCGUGUGUAUGCCACACCGAAACAUUUCGCUGGAAACGAUCCGGAUGAACUGGUUGAAGCAGUGUCGGAGGUUGAGACGUCCCACAACCACAGGGUUGUGCUGUAUCACGUGAUGAGCAUGCACAAUUAUUUGUUGGCAUGGUUUGCAAAUGGCUUGAUGAGGAAACAGACCGUGCAAUUUCGAGUAAGGUGGCCUCUCAGGGGACCGUCGCCGAUCAGCGACGAACUAUUGACACUCAGCGUUUUCGAGGAAGGGAACCAGUUUCCAUCAUUUGACAAACUGCCUGCAACCUUCUGCGCCAUGGGCAGGUAUGACCGGCCUGUGCGCGACGCUGACCCACAGGAGGCCAAAAUUUUGGGCGAUGGGAUGGUCCGGCGCCAAGAAUCACAAUCUUCCGCCGAGACAUACACAGUGGUGUACACUGGGAACAAGACCAAAACAUACAACAGCUGCAAUGACCUUGUCUAUGCGGAAUUCGAUGACAUGAACAAUCAGGCCAUACCUGCUUUGACGGAUGCCGAGCUUGUGAAACAUGGUGUGAAGUCAGCGAGCAAUUUGAUGAAGUACCUUGACGGAGCAGUAGGGACGUGGAGGGAUGCUGAGUGGCCACCUAACAAGGACCCAGGUUUGGGGCCCACGUUAGGUGUUUCGGAGAGGCUCCUUAAAGCGCAGAUCAACCUCUUCAGCAAGGCGGUGGUGGAGAAGUGGGAGCAGGAUGAUGGGGCUACAAACUUGUGGGAGUCGUUCAUGGCCGGGAACGUGACUUCAGAUACGAAGGGAAGCCUUUCUGAUCAAGUGUCCGGCAAAUUUUGGGGCCAUGAGAGAGACCCUCUUUACGGCAAACUGAUGACCUGGGCGAACCUGACAGAUCCUGUCAACGUGAAGGUCUUGGCACUUCGUUCUCUGCUCGCUUGUGUAGGGCAGCGGGCCUUCCUGUCAGAGAAGCGAAAGGAAGUCAUGGAGUGCUGGGAACAUGGGGAGUUGGACAAGGUAGCCAGCCUCGAGACCAAAGAUGCGCUGUUUCAGCUACAGCGCUCU